AUAAACAUGAUGUUUUCGGAGAUGAUUCCGAUCAGAAAGCUGUUAAUGACCGUUGUCUUCUCAUGCUUGGCAGCUGCUCUUCUUGUUUUGCAAGCUACUAGUCCGCCUGUUACAUAUCUGGUCCCCGAGGAGUCGCCUCACCAACCGCCUCUCCGGACCGGACUCAGCCCUGACGAACUCUCACAAGUAAAGGAAGCGCAGGUGAAGCGACUGGCACUGCUGGAAAGAGAAUGCAGCAGAGAACAUGAGAGAAGUUUUGGUAUCCGGCAUCCUACUUUGGAACAGGUGGCAAAGAGAGAUAUGCCUCCACUGUUCCUUCCAUUUGUUGCUAAGACAAAUCCUGAUGCUGGGUUUCAGCUUGUUGGCAUUCAUCAGACCGCCACAGUAUCGAAGGUCAAUGCCCACAUGUUCAAGUAG